AUGCUUAGUAGAGUGGUUUUCGUUCUGGUUCUCUCAGUUGAGUCGUUCACACUGCUGAAAGAGAUGAAACCUCUGACCAUCAUAGCUACAACCAUCGAGUUAAGGAGAGUUACCACCGAGCAGUUCGACGUACUACGGCAAAUCAGCCGAGGUUUGUUGACCGUCGAUCGAGUUCACAACAUAGUACCUGGUCUCAUCUUUUGUAUUUUGUAUGGACCAAGUGCCUUGGACCCAGCUUCUUUGAGGAAAGAGAAUAACACUGAGGUCCUCUCUGAAAGCCCUGAGAUCAGCGCAGCUACAACAUGUCAAGGAUUGGAAGAAACAUACCAGCAGAAAGUGUAUGACCUUAUUGCCGACUUUUUCGGCACCGAAACGAAUGAGUCCAUCGGGACCAGGGUCUGGUCUCAAGCGGGCCCAUCCAGCAUGGCUAUAAGAGCUGCGGGACCCAGUAUUAUAGAUUACUUUGCCCGUCUGCAGCGACCCGGAAGUAACGAUUGGGAGAUGAGCUCGCCAGAAACGGAGGGCCAUAAUGUGAAAGAGGUAGCUGACAAGUUAAUCCCAUCACUCAAGACUUUUCUCAGCGAAAAAGGCUAUGAUCCGAGUAUCGCCAUUGGUCAGGUACCUUCGGGGAGUGACUAUGCACUGUCCGACUCGGGAUUGACCAUCGAGGAGGAGUAG